AUGUUUGCACAGGCAGCACAGCUCAACACUGUCAUGAACAAAUUUUGGGAAACCGAAGAUGCCAUCCCCAUUCGAAAGGAGCCACUGCCCAAAGAUGAGUCAUGUGAGAAACUGUACCAAUCCACUACUUAUCGCACCUCUGAAGGAAGGUAUGUUGUGGCACUGCCUUUCAAAUCUGCCGCCUCCUGCUGCUCCGCUCUGCCGCCUCCGCCUUUUGCCGCCUCUGAGUCGCCGCCUCCGCUGCCUCCGAUCUGCCGCCUCCCGCCGCUCCGCCUGCCGCCUCCACCUUUUGCCGCCUCUGAGUCGCCGCCUCCCGCUGCCUCCGAUCUGCCGCCUCCUGCCGCUCCGCUCUGCCGCCUCCGCCUUUUGCCGCCUCUGACUCGCCGCCUUCAGCUACCUCCGAUCUGCCGCCUCCCGCCGCUCCGCUCUGCCGCCUCCGCCUUCUGCCGCCUCCGACUCUCCGCCUCCCGCUGCCUCCAAUCUGCCGCCCCCCGCCACUCUGCUCUACCGCCUCCGCCUUUUGCCGCCUCUGAGUCGCCGCCUCCCGCUGCCUCCAACCUGCCGCCUCCCGCCACUCCGCUCUGCCGCCUCCGACUCGCCGCCUCCCGCUGCCUCCGAUCUGCCACUUCCCGCCGCUCCGCUCUGCCGCCUCCGCCUUUUGCCGCCUCUGAGUCGCCGCCUCCGUUGCCUCCGAUCUGCCGCCUCCGCCUUCUGCCGCCUCCGACUCACUGCCUCAUUUAG